UGAGCCUCCUUCUCUUUUUCCUUUCCACUGUUUCUGGCUGAUGCAACGUGGCCAGGCUUGCAAAGCAGCCCCAGCUCCCGCGCUUGAUCCGGCACAACAAGGCGGCUUGCUGCACCAGUAGAAGCUUAAAUGUGAACUUAAGAAGCCAAGACCUGAAAGAAGAAAACUGGAAACGCGCACUCUGCUAUAUCUUACUUGUCAUAUUCUUGGAUGAGCACAUGAGAAGCCUCCCAUUGCCGGCUGGAAACGUUUUGCUUUGGAGAGCAACCAACAAGCUUGGCUAUGUGCCUGUCUCAAUACACACAUUGAUGGGACACUAUUUUAGCUCUAGCUUCUGUCUGUGUGAUUCUGAAUGUGUGAGUUUGUAAUAUUCAAAUGUGAUCAAAUUCAGCAACCUGUCUGUGUCUGAAGACAGGCAAGAGCAAGUACUCCUUUUUGAGUUGGUAAUUUAACAGCAUUGCCUGUAAUACAGGAGAUAAAGAGGAAGUAAUACCAUACUCCCACUAAAGUUAACACUAAAAGCCUGACUUUUUAAAAAGUCAUUUGGAAAUUUUAUAUUUAAAUGAAUUUUUAUUAAAACCAUUUUGAAAAGCAGUAGAAGAAGGCACGGUGUUGGGAUUUUAAAAUAACAUUCCAAAUCUGUGAUUAAUGAACAAGAAGCAUAUGAAUUUUCAGCCACGCAAUUUCCAUUUUCUAGAACUACAUCUCAUAAGGCUGUGUACUAGAACAGGCGGUUGUAUCUGCAUUGUGUGGAUUUGGGUACACACUUCCAAAUCACAAGUUUGAAAGUGUGUGAAUGUGCAAACAUUGUAGGAUCUAGACGUGUGCACUGUGUGUGUGUUGAAUAUCCCCACCACAAUGGAGAAGUCCAAAGCAGACUUAGAAUCGGAUGUUAUCCCCGAUGUCGAAUCAAAUCAAGAUCUGCUCUAUGAGGAAUCCACUGCCCGGCCUGCCUGGGGAUCAAAGAUCCAAUAUAUCCUUGCCCAGGUUGGCUUUUCUGUUGGACUCGGCAACGUCUGGCGGUUUCCCUACCUCUGUCAUCAAAAUGGAGGAGGUGCAUUUCUGCUGCUUUAUCUGAUGCUCCUCUUAAUCAUCGGGAUCCCGCUUUUCUUCCUGGAGUUGGCAGCAGGGCAAAGUAUCCGACAGGGCAGCAUUGGGGUCUGGAAGUACAUCAGCCCCCGCCUGAUGGGCAUUGGCUUUGCAAGCUGUGUGGUUUGUUCCUUUGUUGCCCUCUAUUACAAUGUCAUUAUUGCAUGGAGUCUUUUCUACUUGGGUAACUCCUUCCAGUCUCCGUUACCUUGGAACGACUGCCCAGGAACAGUGAACCAAACCAUCUCAGUAGAAACAGAAUGUGAGGCCAGUUCUGCCACUGUCUACUUUUGGUACCGUAAGGCUUUGCAUGUGUCCGAUUCCAUUGAGGAGAGUGGCGGUCUCGAUCCAGCGCUUACCGGCUGCCUUUUUGCCGCUUGGGCUCUGGUGUGUCUGGCAAUGAUUAAAGGCAUCAAAUCCUCUGGCAAGGUGCUGUAUUUCAGCUCUCUGUUCCCUUAUGUGGUUCUCUUUUGCUUCCUGGUCCGUGCGUUGCUGUUAGAAGGGGCUGCUGAUGGGAUCCGGAUCAUGUUUACACCCGAUUUGUCCAUCUGGGGCGACAUGCAGGUUUGGCGGCAGGCAGCCACCCAGGUGUUCUUUGCCCUGGGCCUGGGCUUUGGCACCAUCAUCGCUUAUUCCAGCUAUAACAAACAAGACAACAACUGCCACUUUGAUGGGCUCCUUGUUGCUUUUGUCAACUUCCUUACUUCAGUCCUGGCUACACUGGUUGUGUUUGCUGUGCUGGGCUUCCGUGCCAACGUCAUCACGCAGAACUGUGCUGAGAGGAAUAUAGCCAUCCUCUCACAAGUAGCAAGCAAUGGUCCCCUCUCUUCUGUCCUCCCUGAAAACUUCACAGAUUACUCUGCCUCACAGUAUAGUGCUUGGUAUCGAGAGCUGAACAAUGACACAGAGCAGCUGCUGCUGAAGUUGGAAGUCGGAGACUGCCGUGUAGAGGACGAAAUGAACAAGGGUGUGGAGGGCACUGGCCUGGCUUUCAUUGCUUUCACAGAGGCCAUGACGCUGUUUCCGACUGCCCCCUUCUGGUCUGUGCUCUUCUUUUUCAUGCUGCUGAACUUGGGACUGAGCACUAUGCUGGGGACCAUGCAAGGGAUCAUCACUCCUCUGCUGGACAACUUCCAAAGUCUCCAGCGUCAUCGGACCCUUUUCACAGUGUUGUGUUGCAUUAUUGGAUUCUUACUGGGCUUAGUUUUCGUUCAGCAUUCAGGCAACUACUUUGUCACCAUGUUUGAUGACUAUUCAGCGACACUUCCCCUGCUUGUUGUUGUGACUUUUGAAGCUUUUGCUGUGGCCUGGAUCUAUGGCGCAGACAGAUUCUUAAAUGACAUAGAAAAAAUGCUAGGGUGGCGCCCUUGGAGAAUCUACAAAUACAUGUGGCGCUUUGUGAGCCUUGGAGCAAUGUUGUGUUUGCUGCUAGGAAGUCUGUUACGUAUGGUUUUGAAGCGACCCACCUAUCAGGCCUGGAACAGAGAAAAGGCAGAGGAACAGCAGCUGGAAUAUCCACCGUGGGCCCUGGGUGUUCUGGUUAGCCUUAUUGUUGUGGCUGCUCUUCCCAUCCCGGUUAUGUUCCUCCGGCAGCUGUUGAUAGAGCGGUUUGCUGGGCACAGUAGAGGGACUGGCAUGGCAGUACCCACGGAAGAAGAAGAUGAGGCAGAAGAAAAAGAAAGUCCAGCUGAUCCAGAUCACCGAGGCAAUGGAUACGUGUUGGUCAAGGCAGAAGAUGGACAGGAUUAAGAGGCAUUGCCUCAUGUGAGGUGUGAUGUAUUCCAGCUCGUAGAUCAUGAAGACUGCUGAUUUCUUCCCCAACCUCUGCCAAUCCUUGAUCAUGGGAGACAUACGUUUUAGCCCACUCCUCCAUGGUGCUAUAUUUAUACUGCUGGAGAAGAGAUCUUCCAACUCAUGACACUCCCCAUCCUGCCUGUAGAAGUUCUUCUACUCUUAUCUCCUAUCAGUGGCUGGAGAUAACACAUUAUUUAAAGACCGGUACAGUUCUGAGCUCAGGUUUGGAGACCAACAGCAGUUUGCAUUCUUAAAAACAUAUUGCACCAUUACAACUGGUCCUGAGCACUUUGCUUUGAUCCCAGUUUGAACCAUCCUAUAGAACUUCUGCUCUUAUCUCUAAUCUGUAUUUGGCGAUUGGAGAUCAUUGAUUAUUUAUAGACUGCUAAAAUCUGUACAAAAAAGAAGCUUGGGUUUGCAGACAGGCAACGUUUUGCAUUCCUGAAAGAUGCUGCAGUGGGGUAGAGCAGUACAAUUCACAACUAGUCCUACCUAUUUUGCUUUGACCCCCGACUGCUUUUUCCCAAGGCAGUGUUGUAAUGUGGUUUCCCAGACCCUUUGCUGCUUGAAAUUCAGACCUUCAGCCAAAAAGCAUUCCAAACCCCUCGUGUAGAGGCUGGUUGUCAAAGCAGGAUGCUGAAACUCAAUUGCUUAGGCUGAUUCAAGUCAAUACCAGCCGUUUUUCGACUUAAAUUGCCUCCAGAUAGGAAGUCCCUUGUGCCAAUUGGUCAUUGCAUUUCCACUGUAAACUAGGGCUCCUUCUACACAGCGGAAUAAAAUCCACAUUGAACUGGAUUAUAUGGCAGUGUGGACUCAGAUAAUCCAAUUCAAAGCAGAUAUUGUGGAUUAUCUGCCUUGAUAUUCUGGGUUAUAUAGCUGUCUGGAAAGGCCCUAGAAGUACGGUUGCACUUGGAUUUCCCAUACCAUUGAAGAUAAUGCACUUUUUGUGUGUUUGUUCCACUUGUUCUGUCCACACUAGUGGGCUAAAUGUGUGGUCCCAUGACGAAAAUAUAUGAGUAGCCAUUAGAAGGGCUAAAGCAAUCAUCUUUUUUUUAAAAAAAUUAUUUAGCAUUAGAUACUUGUUCAUCUGAGCAUAAUUGUCCAAUAGUAAACAUAAAGGUUUCCCCUUGACAUUAAGUCUAGUCAAGUCCGACUCUGGGGGGUGGUGCUCAUCUCAGUUUCUAAGCUGAAGAGCCACCAUUGUCCGUAGACGCCUCCUAGGUCAUGUGGCCGGCAGGACUGCAUGGAGCACUGUUACCUUCCUGCCGAAGCAGUACCUAUUGAUCUUCUCACAUUUUGAUGUUUUUGAACUGUUAAGUUGGCAGAAGCUGGGGAUAACGAUGAAAGCUCAUCCCGUUCCACGGAUUUGAACCACCAACCUUCCAGUCAGCAAGUUCUACAGUUUAGCAGUUUAAGCUGCUGCGCCACCAUGGCCCCCAAUUGUCCAAUUUCAGAUGUGAAAUACUUUCACAAAUCCAAACUAUUUUAAACAGUUGUUUUGACUCAGAAUGGGGUCAAAAUUGUAAACAGAGAAAUGUUAAUGGGUGGAUAGGGGGAAAUCAUAUUUCUGAAAUGGUAGCGCUUGAAUUUUUUCUCCUGUUUUUGAAAAGUGACAAUGUCAUACUGCUAGUAGCACUCCUUCAUGGGUAUUUUUAUGGCUUGUUAUGAUUGUAAGAACAGUUCCUGCCACAUAUCUCUCCUCCUCGGUGCUAUUGUAAGAUAGAUGCAUAUGAAUAGCAGUCACCAGACUGUCUGUUUUUAUAAUAUUCUCCAUGGGGAAUUACUAAAAAUUAUUUAAUAGUUCAGUCAUUGAACUGUGCAAGGGAGUUACAUUUUCUUUUGAAGUAGGUCAAAACAAGAAACUCAGAUGGAACUCUCCCUGUUGGGAUGAGGGACCUGUGUUUCAUGGGAAAUAUAACUUGUGGUUCCCUAAAGAAAGCUAUAGACAAGGCAGCAAAAAGUCUGGUAAAUGAGAAUGCUCUUUUUUUCUUUCUUUCUUUUCAAUAAAAGCUAUUUGGUAGAAACAAGCAAUUCAGUUGUGUUUUCUGAAAUCUUUGGGGAGAUGAACUUUUGCAUAAAAUCAGAUAUUAUUUUUGUCUACCUGCAUUUUAGCCUUGUUUCUUAAACAACAUAAGUUGCAAUUAAGAGGAAAUUAUUAAGUACUGAGUUUGUUUAACCAAGGCAGAGCAUUUUGUAAUACAGAGUGCAUCUACACUACAAAUGUACACUGCAGUUUGACACCAGUUUAACUGCCAUUGCUCAAUACUAUAGGAUCCUGAGGCACCAGCACUCCUUGCCAGAGAAGACUAAAGACCUUGUGAAAUUAUCAUUCCUGUGAUUCCAUAGUACUGAAUCAUGGCAGUUAUGUCAAACUGCAUUAAUUUUACAAUGCAAAUGCACUCAUAGUUGUGCUUCUUUGCAAGCUCAGUUUCCAAUGGCAUUGUGUAAUUCUUUACAGGGCAGAACACCAAUGGUCUCACAACCUGUUUUGUGCUCAACUCUCAUUGAAGUUGCCAUUUCUUAAGUGAUCUAGAGUAGUGCUGCUCAGAGUGGCAGUUUGUGGGAAUCGGUACAAGUCCUCAAACCAUCAGCUUUAUGUUCCCUGGUGAGUUUCCAGGGGGGAAAAAAGAAAUAAUUUUGUGGUGGAGUCUCCAUCUCUGGAGGGUUUGAAGCAGAGGCUGGAUGGCCAUAUGUUGUUAGUUCUUUGAUUAUGUGUUCCUGCAUAGUUGGAGGUUUGAUUGGAUAGCCUUGGGGUCUCUUCCAAUUCUGAUUCCAAUUGCAACCAUUGGGGGAAAAUUUGGUAGAGUCUCGCUUAUCCAACAUAAAAGGGGUCGGCAGAACAUUGGAUAAUAAGGAGGGAUUAAGGAAUAAUCUAUUAAAUGUCAAAUUACAUUAUGAUUUUUCAAAUUAAGCAUCAAAACAUCAUGUUUUACAACAAAUUGACAGAAAAAGUAGUUCAAUACACGUUAAUGUUAUGUAGUAAUUACUGUAUUUAUGAAUUUAGCACCAAAACAUCACAAUGUAUUGAAACAGCUGUGGAUCCAGACUGCAUUGGAUAAUACGGAACGUUAGAUGAGCAAAGGUUGGAAAAGCGAGACUCUACUGUAUUACUCAUUGGCAUAUUGAAGGAAAUACUGAUUUAAACUUUAUAGGGAAUUAUAGCACAAUUAAAGCUUUAAACUAUAUAAGGUCAAGGGAGAAGACUUAAUCUUCUAUGACAUCCCAACUGUGAAAUGUCCUCCUCUUUGAAGCCCAAUUGGUGCCAACGUUUACCAUAUUUUUACAUCAGGUUAAAACAUGGAUUUUUAUUAAGAGCCUUUGGAUAGGGUACAACAUUUUGCCCAAAUUGUAUAGGUAUAAGGUUUCACAACUGUUUAUGUGUUUUAAAUGGUUUUGUGUGCUUUUAGAGUUUCAAAAUUAUUUUUACAGUUUAAAAUUGUUCUACAUUUGUAGUAUGUUGCCUUGAGAUAAGGUUGUAUAUAAAUGUUUUAAUAAAGAGAAUUAUAAAUAAUAUGA